AUGACAGAUCCUGGAAAUAUCACAAGCAAUACCCCGGAACCCGAACCUGAAAUAUACAGUACUUCUGCAGAACCGGAAGUGUAUUAUAACAGUACUACAGCACAUCCGGAACCAGAACCAGAGGGAUCGGGAUCGGGAUGGCCAGAGCCCGAGCCUGAGUGGUCAUCAGCGAUAGACGAAUGGGGUCCAGCAUGGCCUUUCCAUACAUAUUUCUUUGGAUGUUCUUUUCUGAUUGCGGAUAUUUUAGCCAUUUGUUUUUUAUUUCGAGCAAUAAAAGGUUACAACAGACAUUACAAAAGCAGCCUAUCUGGAUCUCUUCUGGCAAUGUUAAUUAUGUUUUGUUCACUGCGAUUUAUAUGCCUGAUUGUAGACCCUUAUCACACGGAGAAAGUUUUUACUAGACUAGCUGCUAGAUUACUGUGGUCACUUGGAAGUCCAUUUCUACUUUCAUCCUUCAGCCUAGUUCUCUUGGCGCUGAUUGACACUACAAAAAUGAGCGUCGGACCCCCAAAAUUUCAAAAAUUACCAGCUAUUCUGGGAUUUACGGCCUCUCACGUCAUACUGGUCAUUUCUACAGACCUCUCCGUACUUUUCUUCCCAGAGACUGACCCCCUCCUUGUGGUUUGUCAGGGUCUCUUCAUCGUGUUUGGAUUUUUGAUGUGUGUGGGAUAUCUAUAUGUAGCAGUAAAGAUCCGGAGUAAUUUGUCUGCCAGCUUCAGUCAACUACAAAAAGGUUGCUCUGGAAUAUCACGACUAAUUUUUACCUGUUACGUUUCCUCUGUCAUCGGUUUUAUGAUCAUUGCCACGCACAUCUAUGCUGCUUCCGGCGUGUUUGGAGUCUUUAGUGACGUCAAAUUUGUGGACUCUUGGUCAUGGUGGGCACUGCAAACACUGAUGCGUUCCGAAGAGCUAGCAGAAGUUAUUGUUGUCUUAUGUGUUGCCAAAAGGUCACUGCUUCCAAAGCAGGCUUUGAAAAGAUUGGUUUCCUGUUUAAAAUGUUGUAACAGAGACAGUGUUAAGAAAAUACAGAUAUUUCCUCUAGAUGACACGUUUGAACAAACGCAUGAUAUAAAUACCGACAAUCUACGGACAAACAAUGGAGUAAAGAGUACAACUUUGCACUGACACUGCCAUCAUGAAGAUGUUUAU